GGUUAACUGCAAACUUUGUCAUAAUUCAGUCGGUGAGGCCACAUUACAGGAUGAGUGCUGGACGGGCAUGUGAGGGCGCGGGCUGCAUCACUUGGUGGGGCUUCAGUCCUGCGCGCGACCUACUGAGUACGGGCCCUGUGAGACUCGAAGGGGAGGUCAAUGUUUUACUGGUUGGCAGUGGAGAUCCACGACAUAUUUUGAAGACCAUUGCUGGUUUGCAGAACGAAGCAAGCCUUCAUGUGUGGGUGAUAGAAAACAGCAUGGAGGAGGUGGCUAGACAGCUGCUGCUCCUCUACCUGGCACUGAUUCCUCAGGAAAGCAUGGGAAAUAAUGAGAAGACAGAGGUUUUCCUGGAGGUGUUUGGGAACAGUGAGAUCCGCAGUCAGACAGAAGAGACACUGAGGCGUGCAGCAUCACAGCUGUCUCUGUCUGUUACCGAAACACUGGAGACACCCACACACCCCUGUCUGAACACAACUCUUCUCAAGUUCAAGGAGCGAGAUGAGCUGGCCAGGAUAUUCAAGUUGUGGAUCCAGCCUCAGUCUUCAUCAUCUUCAUCUGAGUGUUCUGCUCCUAUCUUAAUGUCCAAAGCCUGGGAUUAUCGGGUCAGGCAGCACCUUGGAACACGCUACAACACCAAGAGGGGCUGCUUCGACUGGGACCUUACAAUGAAACUGCACGAGAAAGGGUGUGGUGUCAUCAACAAACAACAAUAUGUGCGAUGGAGGGAACAGGGUUUGGCGUUCGAAAUGAGGGAAUGCGUCUACCAAAUAACCAAUCCAAGUUUGCUCUCUUCAAGAGUGUUCAGUCAGAAACACGACAAAGUGGCUGUCAGGGGCUACUGGGGAGACAUUGUUUCCAGUCCUUACCUCUCCUUUGGCAUUGAAACUGAUGACAAGAGCCUGCUGAAGACACAGAAUGGGCAACACAUCAAAACAGCCCAGGAUAUCUCUUUUGCAAAUGUACAGGCACUGUUCCAGUCCCUGUCCAGUAGACGGGGCUGCCCCACUACUUCUCAGUCAGACACAGAGGCCCCACAGACUGACCGAAAAUCUGUCACCAUUAAUGACUUGAUGCGUCUGAAUGGAAUCUCUGUGACCUUCCUGCCUAUGGACUCACUUUACAAACUGCCAGAAAAACAGAAAUAUUCCCACUUCUUCAACACCAUCUACUUCUCUGCCAGCUGCGUGCACCAGCUGGGCCCGACAAUGAGACAGAUUGCAGCACCAGACGCUGUGCUUGUCGUGGAGUUGGCCAAGUACAUUUUGGAUCUGAACAAAGAGCAAGAAGCAGGCUUUGCAAAGAAAGUGGUGAGCAUCGCUCUCAAGGCUGAAUUUGAGCCGUGGCAAGCCGGGAAGAGUGAUGACGUCCAUGCUGUUUUCAUACCACAGAAGAAGUAAAGGUGGUUAAUUUAAGCAGGGCUGUUUAGUCUAUAUGUAACAGAUUGAUUGUCAAGGUGAUAUUGCUUAACAGCACAGACAUUUUACAAGAUCUUAUGCAGUCAGAAUUUAUUUUUCCUUCAUAAGGAAGUGUACCAGUCAAUGAGUAGUAACUGUGAGUUGCCUCAGGUAGUAGUUCAUUUUUGUUUGUAGUAGCUGUGAAUUUUUACAUGUUUUAAUUUUCAUGAAUAAUAAUCACAUUUAGUUUCCAAUUUGAAUGACACUUAUAGAAAAUGUCCAUUUUAUGUACACGUGCAUUUUAAUAAUUACAGAUGCAACUGCAAGUGAAUGUAUUUCAAUAAAUGCCACACAAAAAUCUC